AUGUUUCAAUCAACUCAAUCUAAUAGCAAUUUACCUCGAAAUUAUCUUCAGUUUCAUGAGAAUGCAUUUGUUUCUCCUCUUAAUCUUAUUAAUGUUACACAUCCUGCACCAGUUUCUUUCGGUCGAGCUCCACAUGUACUUCAACAAACAAUUCCUCGAAUUGAUACAUCAAUACCUUCUUUACCAACAUCAUCAUCAUCCUCCUCAUCAGUAUUACCACAUCUUCAAUCAAUUGAUGCAAAUAAAUUACAUAUGUAUCAAUUUUUAGCACAAAGAAAACUUAAAGAAGAUCGAUGGAAAAAAGAAAUAACUGAAAAAAAUACUCCUAAACAAACAUUUCAACAACGAAAUGUUCGUUCUUCACAAUCACAACAACGUCCUCAAAAACCACCAGUUCGUUCUGCAUCAGCUCCAAAAAAGCCAACUACAGUUAAAAAAAGUACUAAAAAUGAAAUCAAUCGAUCUCAAAUAAUACCAACACCAAUUCAUUUUACUCGACCAGAUGAUCCAUUUACUGCACUUUCACUUGGUAAACAAAAUGAAAUAACUGAUGUACAUGAACAACUUCUUGUACAAUUACGUAUUCUACAUAAUCCACCUGCAAGAGAAAAUAUUAUUGAUGAAACUGAACAAGAAAAACAACGUCGAAUAAGACUUAAACGUGAAAGAAUAAAACGUGAUUCACGAGCAAUUUAUAAUGCACAUCAAGAACUUAAACAAAUUCUAAUUGAUAUUCGUCAACCAGAUGCUAAUAUACCUCGACUAACUCAUCGUCAUUUAAAUGCUUACAAAGCAGUUUUACUUGCUAUGGAAACUCUUGCUAAUGAAGCACCACUUAAAUCACAAGAUGCACCAGUUCAACAACUUUAUACUUCUAUUAUUCCUGUUCUUGAAACUUUAACAAAUACAAAUUAUGCACUAGGUCUAUCUCAGUUACAAAUUGAUCGUUCAUAUCUUCAUGUUCCACCAUCUAAAAGUGUUACACCACGAGCAACUUCAAAUAAUCGUGCGGCACCAUCGAAUCAACUUUUACCUACUAUUUAUAAUGAACUAAUAAAGAAAAAACAACAACAACAGCAAAAACCACGAGUAAUACCAUCAGUAUUACGUCCACGUAGUGCAGAAUCAAUACGUUUACCACGUACGAAGACCUCAAAAAUAAAUCGUUCAACAAUAUCAAUGCAACAUAAAACUCGAGCACGAAGUCAUUCACCAUUACCAUCUAUAAAAUCUGCUUCAACUAUAGAAACACCAUUUCAUUCACGUUUUACUGUUGAUCAUAUUCUUGUUAAAUUAGCUCCUAAACUUCUUGCUAAUUAUAAUGGAAAUGAAUUAUCAAAACAAAUUGAACGUGCUCGUACAUUGAUACCUAUGUUUCUUGUUGAUAAUCGUUUGAGUGAUGAUGAAAUAAAUACACGUGUUAUACAAAUGCUUAUGCCAAGACAAGAUCAUCAAAUUCAACCAUCAACAACACAUUUUGCAGUAUUAGAAACACCAGAAGAACAUGCACGUCGUGUUAAUAUUGAUGUUUAUCAAACACAAAUAUCUACUUGGGAUGAUGAAAUGUCUCAAAUUCGACAACGUCUUCAAAAUUAUAGAACAAAUCGAUUAGAAGACGAAACAGCAAUGCGACAAACAAUUAAAUUUCAAGUAAAUUCAUCAUUAACUCCAACAUUACCAGAAAAUGUUCAUAUUCAUACUCCACUUUUCGAGCAUACAAUUGAUGAUUUUGUUACAAAAUCGAAUGAAAAUAAUCAAGCAUUUGAAACAACAACGAUGAACUCUUCACCUUCUGGUAAUGUUCGAUUAUACGGUUUAGAUUCAAGUAAAAUACGACAAAUUGAACGUUAUAAAAGAGAUUAUCAAAGUUAUUUACAAAGAACAGAAUCAGCUAAAAUUGAUGACUUUGAUCCAUGUCAAGUUAUUAACAGAUUAUCGGAAUUUCUACUUGAUGAAGCUUUGAUUUCUGUUGUUCAUGAAGUUGAAUUAUUAACGGUUGAAUUAAGUCAAAAACUAGUUGAAAAUGAAUUACUUGGUCGAGAAAUUUCAUUAACAGAUGUUGACAAAAGAUCAAAACGACCACCGUCACCACCACCACAACAACAGCAACAGCAACAGCAACAAUACCGACGUCCAGUGCAACAAAUUGAUCGACAACAUUCGCCGAUUUCUCCAUCACCUCCAAUUGAACAAUAUAAUACAUCAAGUUUUGAAGAAGAUUUGAAUACUGAAAGUAAAAUAUCUCGUUCUGAAUAUGAUACAAAUGUACAACGUCGAAAAUCACCAAUGGAAGGUACAGGGCGUUUUGUAUCAGCAGCAUUUGAACAACGAAGAUUGCCAAAAGAUACAACCUCUUCAUCAUCAUCGCGUAAUCAAUCACCUGCAGGAAUUAUUCUUAAACCAACUAUUAGUAUUAAAAAACCAAAUUCAAUUCAUGAAGAAAUCAAUCAAAUGUCUGAUCGUGAAUCAUCGUCAUCUUCAACUAUAUCAAAAAGGCAUCAACAAAAAUUUCGACGUCAAUCAAGUGCCGAUGAAGAUGAUGAUCUAUUAUAUAGUACAAAAACUGGAGAAAAAAUUUAUUCUACUGAUUUCGAUGAAUCAAAAAGUAAACCUCGUCAUAUAAGUAGCAGUUAUGAUGAUGAAGAUGAUGAUGAUAUUGCUGAUACUAUGAAAUUAUCAGCUCGAUCAUUAAAUGCUGCUCAGCAGAGUUCGUCUGAUGAAGAUGAAGAUUAA